CACACACUAUGUGACAUUGGACCAUGUGAGCUCAAAGCUGAAUCCUUGACAAGCUUCUCUCUUUGGACUCACUGACUUCAUGUCAGCACACCUGCUGGAAUGUUUCGAUUCCUUUUGGAAGAAAACGAAUAAAUAAGUAAUGAGGGGUUUUACUACUUUUGAUUGAAAACAUAAUAAUGAUAAAGAUUUUACAGGGAAUGAGUAGAUAACGAAGACAUUUUUGGAGCAGUGUCCAGGACAACCGGCAGGCGCGUCAACUUGACGCAAUUACCGGAUAGCGGUCGAGUCGUUGCGUCGUUUGGUGAAUCGCUGGACGAGACCGAACAUGCUGCAGGAUGGUAACGGGAAAGAAAAGCCGCCGCGUGCGCCGGUCGCCGAAGCCGAGCACGACUCACAGUCCGGUGACGGCCAACUCCAGCCGCCGCCGCCGGCUCCCCCAGCUGCCGCUGCCGCCGAGGGGGCCACGCUAUUCCCUUUGCCCGGAAACACCAGACUGGACAUCAAAAGACACGCAGUCACCGACGACUAUAAAAUAUCCAGUCAUGUUCUGGGUUUGGGAAUCAAUGGCAAAGUUCUGGAGUGCUUCAACAAGAAGACUGGACAGAAGUGCGCUCUCAAGAUCCUAUAUGACAGCCCCAAAGCGAGGCGGGAGGUGGAGCUUCAUUGGAGGGUGUCGGGCGGGCCGCAUAUUGUUCGAAUCCUCAGCCUUUAUGAGAACAUGUAUCAUGGGAAGAAGUGCCUGCUCAUCAUCAUGGAGUGUAUGGAAGGAGGUGAGCUGUUCAGCCGCAUCCAAGCCAGAGGAGACCAGGCUUUCACAGAGAAAGUGUUUCAUUGGAUUGGCUUCUGGUUUGAGAUUGUUUCUUUUAACCUCUUUCAUCCCAGAGGCGUCUGAAAUUAUGAGAGACAUCAGCAGGGCCAUUGAGUUCCUGCAUAGUAUUAACAUCGCUCACAGAGAUAUCAAGCCUGAGAAUCUACUGUACACCUCAAAGCACAGAAAUGGAGUCCUCAAACUAACGGACUUCGGCUUCGCGAAGGAGACCACACAACACAACCCUCUCCAGACUCCCUGCUACACACCAUACUAUGUGGCACCGGAGGUUUUGGGGCCGGAGAAAUAUGACAAGUCAUGUGACAUGUGGUCUCUGGGAGUCAUCAUGUACAUCCUGUUGUGCGGCUUCCCUCCGUUUUAUUCCAACACGGGUCAAGCCAUUUCACCAGGGAUGAAGAGGCGAAUCAGGAUGGGUCAAUAUGAAUUUCCCAACCCAGAGUGGGCUGAUGUGUCACAUGAAGGCAAAGGUUUGAUUCACCAGCUGCUGAAGACAGACCCCAAUGAGAGAAUGAGCAUCAGUCAGUUUAUGAAACACCCUUGGAUCAGCCAAUCCAUGGUGGUCCCUUCCACUCCGCUCCACACCACCCGAGUGCUGACUGAGGACAGAGAGAUGUGGGAAGAAGUGAAGGAGGAGAUGACCAGCGCUUUGGCGACCAUGCGUGUAGACUACGACCAGGUGAAAAUCAAGGACCUGGACACAUCCAGUAAUCCCCUUCUCAACAAGAGACGCAAGAAAGCUGCUGCAGGGGCCAAGGGUGGCUCUACAGUCUGCCAAAGUCAGUGAGGAUGGAGGCUCACUCGCACAAUUUAAUGAAGGGCAAAGACUUCCUUAGCACUAUUUUUAAUUGAUACGUGAAAAGAUUUGGACAAAGAGACAACACAAAGUUAUCAAAACAACAGCACAUAAAUAGGCCUGACUGUACCUUAUUCUCCCAAUGUGUUUGGGAAAGGUUUUUAGAACAUUUUUAGAUCCUUUGUUUGAGUGACAGUGUGCAACUAUGACUGCUGUAUGUUUCACAUAUCUGAGGUCUGAUUUUCGAUCAUCCACCAAACAGUGACUAUCGCACACAUACAGGGGAAUCUCCAAAGUUUAAUGUCCCAGAAAGUUGUACAUUUUAGGGUUCUACCAACAUUUUUUGGAAAAGUUCAACUAAAGUCCCCUUGAUAUCAAAAGGAAUAACUCCACAAUUGUAAUUGUGUUAUACUUUUUCUUUUUCUUUUUUUUGUGAUCAUCAAUACUAUACCAAACGCAAUAUGGUCCCAGUGAUGAGGAAAAGUGUAAGCUGAAGCAGAAACGGAACUUACUGUGCUCAGUACCUAUCUAUCCAUUUUCUACACUGCUUAUCCUUGUCAGGGUAAGCUGCAGCCUAUCCAAGCUGACGUUGGGCCUCGAUUGAACUCCAACAGUUUGGUGAGUCAGUCUCAGGGGUGUUGCUGAGGUCAAGACGUGUCCGCGAGUGUGUGUAUGUGCGUGCGUGCGUGCGUAAAGGCUUUUUCACACUGCUCAUAGCAGGGCUCAAGGCGGCAUUGACAAACCCAUUCAUUGUGUAUGUGCUGCGGGGACGCGACGAUGGAACGCUGUGACGUUUCGACGCUCAAGUCCAGGGCUGUCUCCCCGCCACGCCUCGAGUUAAAUUUUUUUAUUUAUUUUUAUUUUUUUUUUUAACCUCGGGAACGAUGUCACUGUUAUGUGAGAAGACGCAUCCAGUAGGAUAGGGAUGGCGGGGUGAUUUCAGAGUUCUCAGCAUAAGACCCACAGAUAUGAAUUUCAAGUCUAGAAACACCAGCAUGCUGUAGCAUGCUGUCUACGUGGCGGCCAUGUUGGUGACUUUUUAAACGAUUUUCAUGGAGUUUACUUUUUUGGCAACGUCAACGCAUGUGCUAUUAUCACAGAUUUUUUUUUUUAAAAGCCCCAAAAUAUUCUUACCUAUGAACGGUUAUGUAGUUCCCUUGUACGGCAUUGUGUGCAGCACAAUGUGCAGACAUCCGUUAUUUUGGUUUUUGUGCCAUCCACAAACAUGGAAUCCGCCGACACUUUUCCCCCACUGGUUUAGCGUCACCUGACGACACGCAGACACGGGCCGAGUCAUAUCGACUAUUGUUCAUAUCUACGAAUAGACCAACCAGCGGCUAAAGCAUCCAACUUCCUAGUAGGCUGCUGGUAGGAAAUGGGCGGUUGGAGGGCGCUGGAUUUAUAAAUGUUCUUUUUUUAUAUUAAAUAUGUUUCAACCAAGUACUGUAUGGUUAUACACUUUUCUAGCAUGUUUAAACAUGAUAUGCGGUUAAAAAAAAAAAUCUGUCAAAUUUUAGGGGUGAGAUUUGAGUUAAUGGGCUAGAAAUGCCUCUGAGCAAAUAUCACAUUUGCAGUGAAUUUUCAUUGAGUUAUGUUUUUGUUUUUUGUGUGAAAUUCAUGUUUUGUUGGUUUGUUCUUUGAGCACACUGAUUUUGUAUGUAACUGAUGCGUGUUUCAUUUUGUGCACUAAUAAAAUCUACCUGGUUUGAAUUUAAAACAAAA